UCGACCGGAUUGUGCCUCUCGAUUGUUUUCCUCUUGUCCUUUUUGUCAUUGUGUUCUGAUAUUUGUUUCUUGCUCUGUAUUUGAUCGGCUUGUUUGGCGGGUAAUGAAAUUUUAAGACGAGGGAUUGAGCAAUGGCCGCGAUUGUUCGUACUGGAGCGUUGGUGGCCGUUGCGGUGGUGCUGAUUCAUGCUGCGACGGUUUCGUAUGGAUUUUCGGCGAAAAUGACGCUGGAGAGGGCUUUUCCGACUAAUCAUGGCGUCGAAAUGGUUCAUCUCCGCGGUCGGGACCGGGCUAGACAUGGUAGAAUGUUGCAGUCUUCUGGUGGUGUCAUUGAUUUUCUUCUGUCCGGAACCUACGAACCGUAUUACCUUGGGCUUUAUUACACUAAAGUGCAACUAGGUAAUCCUCCAAAGGAUUUUUAUGUACAGAUUGAUACUGGAAGUAAUAUUUUGUGGGUUUGUUGCAACUCUUGCAUUGGCUGCUCAGAGACUGGUGCGCUCCAGGUUGAGCUCAAUGUCUUUGAUCCUGGUAACUCAUCAACAGCUUCUUUGGUCUCUUGUUCAGACAAAAUAUGUACGCCUGGGGUUGUAUCCUCCGACUCUUCCUGUUUUGGCCAGACCAAUCAGUGUGCUUUUGCCUUGCAAUACGGCGAUGGAAGUGAAACAUCAGGCUAUUUUGUUAUAGACAAGAUGCGUCUUAAUGUGGUAGGUAAUGAUCAUGAUACUUCGAAUCCUUCAGCUUCAGUUGUGUUUGGGUGUAGCACAUCACAGACUGGAGAUUUAACUAAGUCAGACAAGACAGUUGAUGGAAUCUUUGGAUUUGGGCAACGGGAUUUGUCUGUAAUUUCUCAACUGUCAUCACGAGGAUUAGCUCCAAAAGUGUUCUCUCACUGCUUGAACGGAGAUGAUAGUGGUGGGGGAAUAUUGGUUCUUGGUGAGAUUUUGGAUCCAAAUGUUGUUUAUACUCCUCUAGUCCCAUCACAGUCUCAUUAUAACUUGAAUCUGCAAAGCAUCUCCGUUAAUGGUCGAGUAUUACCUAUCAAUCCGGCUCUCUUUGCAACAGCUAGUGGCCAAGGAGCCAUAAUUGACUCUGGCACUACCUUGGCAUACCUUGCAGAAGAAGCUUACGACAUUUUUAUUGUUGCCAUCGCGAACACAAUUUCAAAAUCGACUCAGUCUGUUACCUUCAAGGGAAAUCAGUGUUAUUUAACCUCCUCCAGUAUCUCUGAUAUAUUUCCUCAAGCAAGCUUUAACUUCGCCGGCGGGGCAUCGUUGUUAUUGAGACCCCAAGACUACCUCAUACAACAAUUCAUUGGUGAUACUGUUGUUUGGUGCGUUGGUUUCCAGAAAAUUCAAGGUCAAGGGGCUACAAUUUUAGGAGACCUUGUUCUGAAAGACAAAAUCUUCGUUUAUGAUUUAGCUAAUCAACAAAUUGGAUGGACAAACUUUAACUGUGCAAUGUCAGUAAAUGUUUCUACAACUACCAGGACCUCAAAGAGUGGUUUGAAAGCUCAAGUCAGUGAUGGUGGCUCUGUGGGGAAUCAGCCCGACAGACUUGUUCUACACUUGAGCAUUCUUGUAUUCUUCGUUCACUUAUCCAUCUUCACCAGCUUCCUCAACUCAUAAGGUGCCCACUCUUUCACUAAACUAAAUUUGUGUACAAUAUUCAGUUAUUAUAUAUCGAGUCGACGAAGUUCUGUUUGUGGUGCUGCUGUGCAUCUGAGCUCGUCUUCUCAAAAUUUUCCUUUUCCCAUUGUUUUUUGGGAUUAAUAUUAUAUACUUUCAAAUGAAUUGGUCUCAGCUACGUUGUAAAUUUCUUUUAUGAACUAGUUGGUUCUAUAGAAGUUCAAUUUAUACGAGCUCAUACUUGUUGAUCUGAAUCUCCUUGUGUUACA